CAAUCACUGUUCGGAGGAAUAGGUGGGCGGGGCCAGAUUGGUUGGCGGGGAGAAUAAUCUGAUCUAAUGGGGAGGUUAAUGCAGAUUGCCAGGCUAAUGGUUUGGCAUUCGGACAUCCAUAGUAAGCCUUGAAUAUGGCACAAGAAGAAAUGGAGGUGGAUCUUCCUAACUUAUUGUAUCCCAUGGAUUCAAACAGAGAAGUGAGAGCAUCACAUCAGCCCCUUGGUAGUAGGCAAGUUCUUUUUUUGCCACCCCCACUUACAUAUUCAGAUGACUCAGAGGAGCUUUUCUUAGGGCCAGAAGAGCCAAAUGAUGUUAUCGUUUUGGAUUCUGGGGAGGAGGCCCCUGCACAGGUUGUGGCACCAACUAAUGCUCUACAGAUGCUCCACGGCGCUCUAGAACAGCUACGGCAAGCUGCUGAGCAACGCUCCUCUGUACGUCGUGCAAGGGUUCAAAGAAGGAGUGCCAGGCGGCAGCAAAGAGGAGGGUCACAACGCACAGCUGGAACUAACUCUCGUGCUUCAUUGAAUAGCUUCUUCCAAAUAAACAGAACCCAAGGCUUGGCUCCUACAUCCGAAAGAGUUGAGCGAAAUGCUCUCUUGAGGACAGAAGCUACAAGAACCUCACCAGGGGGCAGUUCUGAUGAAACUGUGGAACUAAGUGAGGAAGAGGAGGGGAUAGAAAGCUCCACAGAUGUUGAUGAAGUAGAGAUUAAUGCAGGCGCUGCACCACCUGCAGAGCCAGCCCCUGAGGAGCUUCAGAUUAAUGUCGUAGAGGUUCAAGCAGAGGCCCCUGCAGUGUCUAACUUAGUAACUGUUCCUGAAAGUGUCACCCUACCCCUUCAAACACAAACAAAACAGAAAACACCAGUGAAACAGUUGUCACCAGUGAAAACUCUGCCACCUGAAGAAGACGAAGGGGACACAUGUGCAAUCUGCUUUGAGCCAUGGACAAAUGCUGGACAGCACCGUCUUUCAGCCCUGCGCUGUGGUCAUUUAUUUGGCUUCACCUGCAUCGAGCGUUGGCUGAAGGGGGGUGCUGCCAAGUGCCCACAGUGCAAUAAGAAGGCAAAACGCGCUGAUAUUGUUGUGCUAUAUGCAAGAUCACUGAAAGCCCUGGACACAAGUGAGCAGGAAAGAAUGAAAAGCUCCCUGGAAAAGGAGCAGAGUAUGCGCAGGAAGGCAGAGUUGGAAUCUGCACAGUGCAGACUUCAAGUCCAGGUGCUAACAGAUGAGUGUGGAAAAUUGCGCAAGCAGAUUCAGGAGUUGAAGAUGUUGAUUGCUCAACAUGGUGCCAGUACCUCCAUGCAGGCUUCUUCCUCUCGAUCCACUAUCUCUGGUAGCCUGUCUUCUAGCCAGGGCCAGCACAAAUACAACUUUGAGAAAGCCAUCCUGAUCUCUCAAGCUGGAAGCUGUCGUGUCAUGUCAUACUGUGAAAGCAUGAGUUGCCUAGUAGUAUCACAACCUUCACCUCAGACAACGCUUAUUCCUGGUUGUGGAAUUAAGAAGCUUAGUGCUGCGAAUCUGAAAAGCAGCCAGUAUGUUCCCAUUCACUCAAAACAAAUCAGGGGCCUUGCAUUCAGUAAUCGUUCUGAUGGCCUGCUGCUCUCGGCAGCUCUUGAUAACACCAUUAAGCUCACCAGCUUAUUGACUAAUACGGUGGUACAAACAUAUAACACAGGCCGACCAGUAUGGAGCUGCUGCUGGUGCUCUGACAAUAGCAACUAUGUAUAUGCUGGAUUGAUCAAUGGCUCAGUACUUGUAUAUGAUCUACGAGACACAAGUGAUUGUGUACGAGAACUGGUGCCACUAGGUUCCCGGUGUCCUGUGGUAUCAUUAUCUUAUGUGCCGCGGGCUGCUUCUGAAGUCUUUCCUUGUGGAGGUGUGCUGGUUGGGACCUUAGAGGGUGCAUGCUUCUGGGAAAUGAAAGAUGAUCAGUAUCGACCACAUGUUCUUCCUUUGGAGCCUGGGGGCUGCACAGACAUACAGACAGAGAGCAGCACAAGGCACUGUCUUGUUACUUACCGCCCUGGUAAAACCCAUAAUUAUGUACGUGGUGUUAUGAUGGAACUGACCAGUAACCGGCUGAGUGACUCUGAAAAUGAGUACAGUUGUUCCUGUUACCCUGUUCAAACCUUUAAUGCUGGUAGCACAUGCAAGCUUCUCACCAAGAAUGCCAUAUUUCAGAGCCCUGAGAGAGAUGGCUCUAUUUUGGUUUGUGCUGGUGAUGAAGCUUCAAACUCUGCAAUGCUUUGGCAUUCAGGAAAUGGUACUCUUCUUCAGAAGCUUCAAGCUGACCAGCCUGUUUUAGAUAUCUGUCCCAUGGAAGUAAAUCAAAGCAGUAUGCUGGCCACUUUAACAGAGAAAAUGGUAAAAAUCUAUAAAUGGGAGUAACAUGUCCCUUCAAAAGAUUAUUUUUUGCUUAUUUGGCUGGCACCAUGGUAGCAUUCCAAGUCUUCAUACUGAUCUUGCCUGCAGCAUGACAGUGUUCCAGGCUUCUAACCAAAAUGAUCAGCUGAGAUGCACUAAUGUAUGUACAGUAAUCAUAUGCUGCUUUUCAACAGUUAUAUAUUCAAUUAAAACUAAGGUCUUGUCUCACAGCUUAAAUCUGUGUGCAAUAAUCUAAUUUUAAAGGACUUUGUUCUGUGAAAUCCCUGUCCAGGGGUGUUCUUUAAAAAUGUCUGUUUCGUAUGUCUCUUGUAUAUAUUUUCUUUGUAAUUCUGUCACCAUUUCCUUUUCCCCCUCUGUCCUAAUAAAGAAUUUUAAUACCAUUAUGGUACAAAAUAAGUAAAGUACUUGCACAUCG